GCCUACAGAUUGAGGCCCGCUUCCAAUUUCGUUUCAUGUAUAAGGAAUUGUUCGAUCACGCAACUUCGGCUCAAGCGCGUAGGUCGGAGAAGGUCGCACCAUGCCGAAAUGUUUCCUGUUUGCAUGGCGUUCUGCCUUUCUUGGUUGCCUCAUACACUGUGUUCAUUGUCGCAGUCCAGAAGAGGAUGGUUUUUGUGAGUCCCAUGCCGAUUCGCUAGAGGCCUGUCGCAUUCUUUCUGUCAGCCUUGAUGUGAGGACAGAUCGUGGUAUGAAUGUGGCUGUUGUUUCGCCAGCUGGAAGCGACCAGUCGCUCGAUCUGCUUCUCGAAUGGUGUGUGUUGCAUCGCAAAGAGUUGCGAUCUGCUGUGUUUUCUGCGAAGAGUGUGCUCCUCUUUCGCGGCUGGGAUAUACAGGUGCAGCACGCCGAACAGCUGAUAUUCGAUGCGAUUGCUUUCGGCAAGAUGCAGAAAUACCCACAGUGGUUUGUGGAUUUUAACGUGCGUGCCCAGCGCCUGGGCGUUCCUCCGUCGAACUUGACACAGAGAGAGCUUUCACGUAACGUGCCGAAGCCUGUGCCAAAAAGCAUCCAAGCCCCACAUAUCGAGUUCGGCUUUGGGCCCAGGCGGCCCCGGGUGUGCGCAUUUCAUUGCGAGAUUCCGCCGGCAGCAGAAGGCGAGACUGCUUUGAUUUAUUUACCCGACGCAUUCAGUAGUUUAAGCAAUGAGUUGCGCUUGCUAUUGGAGACAUGCGGUUGGUGGCAUCAUGCGGUGGGCUUCGCUCAACCAUCAGUGCUUGAACAUCCAGAGACGGGGCUCAAGACCCUGCAGCUGUACGCGUUUACGGACCAACAGGCUAGAUUAUUUGUGCGGGCUUGGGACGAUGUCCGCAAGACUUCUCGGCCCGACUUCCCUGAGGUAGAUGCAGUGAUCUUCCAAGUAUCGCCGUCCGUCCCAGAAGACGUCACACUCGUGACCAACAGCAGCGAGAGGUUCCUGCUCGCUGAAGAACACCUGCUGGAAAUCUUCAGGGCAAUGCUAUCAUCCGUUUGGGUGCACGCCUACGAGCGUGGCGACGUGCUGAUAUUCGAUAACGUGCUCUAUGGCCACUUCCGCAUGCCGAGCAGCGGCGGUCCGCGCAUGCUGAACGCCAUCUUUGCGGAAGAAGUUGACACGCGCACGCUGCGUCCGGCCAAUGCACCCGACAUUGUGCAUAGGCAUGCUGCCAAGGUUUGCCUAGGCUCGGCAGAGACAGUGCUCACACUUAUUGGUCCCGGCGGCUCUUACUGGGUGCUCCAGACUUUAAUGCUUCUUCCAGAUUUUGCUUUUCGGUGGGCAGGCUUAUUGCUGUGGGCUUGAUCAGGCACAGGACUGCUGUAACUGCGUGAUCAGUUGCUCCGACGUCCUGGCAUCCGAAGUGGUUCUGAGUACCAGCAGCGAUAGAAGUGCACCAUCUCGCGGAUCAUCCAUCAUUGCCGGCAGUUGUUAUCUUUUCAUUAUUGUUCUUCCGUCUUCCUCCACCCCUUCCCUUGCUGGUUUCCCCGCUGUGGCGUGUGAGGAAUUCUCUGUGUGUGCCCACCAGUUACCUCGUACUGCGCUGCAGUUUCUUAGAUUGCUACUGUGUGAUGCCCGGUUGCGUGAAUGCUUGGCCGGAUCAUACAGGAAAGUGCGCACAACGUUUGCAUACAUCUGCCAUGGCAUCGUCGUCACGCUGUUAUUCUUCCUCCUCCCCCCCUCCUCACCUCCCGUGCCCUUCCCGUUCUGUUUUUGGACCUCUCCUCACCCGUCUCGUGAUGCGAACGGCACGCGCGCGAGCCACAGGGCCAGCGCCGAACCAUGUUGAUGCUUGCGAAUGAGAGCAAUUCCUUGCAGCUGGAAUCCUCUGGGCGUUCGCGUACUCCCCCAUGCAGUGCUCGUGUUCGGUGUCCCCAAUCGUGCCGCAGAGUUUGUAGACGUAUUGCGUCGGCUGCACACGGUGACGCCUGUGUCCCAGCCAGGAUCUCCAGAGAUCACUGGUGCCAUCGCGCUCGCCCUAAACAGUGGUUGUGGUGCAACAGAUGGGGUGCAAUGACCGAGCGCUACGAUUGAGUUGUCAACUCCACUGCUCGCGC